GGCGCUUGGCGGGACUCAUGGCCAGAAUCCAAAGUUCCCAAGUUUUAUGGUUGUUCUCAACCAAGAUUUCCACACUUCCCACCGACUUACACGCACUGGUCCGACAUUCGUUCGAAAUCGGAAAGCCUAUGCGAUGAACACCAACACAAAGAGGCUGAGCCACAGACCAAGUUCCCACGGCCCAUCCAUUCAACGCGUUGAUUUGGACACCGUUCAUCGGAUUUGCUCCGGACAGGUGGUUCUGACGUUGAGCACGGCUGUAAAGGAGCUCGUGGAGAAUAGUUUAGACGCGGGCGCCCAAGCCAUUGAGGUCAAACUGACCAAUCACGGACUCGGUCGCAUUGAAAUUACGGAUGACGGGCAUGGGAUCCCACCUGAGAACUUUCAAGCCUUGACUUUAAAGCAUCACACCUCCAAGAUUCAGGCCUUCCAUGAUUUGGAAUCCGUGGGUACUUUUGGUUUUCGAGGCGAGGCCUUGAGUUCAUUGUGCGCCUUGAGUCAUCUUCGGGUGAACACGCGUCACUCGUCUCAGAGUCUGGGCUGUGACUUGACCUUUGACGCACAAGGCACCUUAACGCAGACGGAGAGCAUUGUACGCAAUUUGGGCACAUCUGUCAUCCUGGAGGGGCUCUUUGAGCCCAUUCCGGUGCGGCGAAAAGAAUUCGAAAGGAAUAUUAAACGGGAAUUCGCCAAAAUGAUUCAUAUUUUACAAGCCUAUUGCUUGAUAUCCACCGGCGUCAGAUUCUUCGCCACCAAUUCAAUCAAAGACAAGAAACGCACGAUCGCCCACACAUCCGGGAAUGCAUCGCUCAAAGAUAAUAUCGUGGAUGUGUUCGGGAGUAGACACUUCCAAUCCCUUCUGCCCAUCAAGGCCAAAUCGCCCAGUCCAGAAGAGUUAGAGUCGUUCGAGAUUCUGGAUCUUGAGCAAGAACCCGAAUUGAAAUUGGAGGGCUUCAUCUCCUCGUGUUCCCAUGGCUCGGGUCGUUCAUCGACGGAUCGACAGUUUUAUUUCAUCAACCACCGACCUUGUGAUCCCACCAAGAUUGCCAAAUUGGUCAAUGAUGUUUAUCAUCAGUUUAACCGACAUCAGUAUCCUUUCGUUGUUUUGAAUAUUCAACUGCCCAGAGAAUCCGUAGACAUUAAUGUGACACCAGAUAAGCGUCAGUUGCUCUUAGAACGUGAAAAAUAUCUCCUCGCUACCCUUCAAGCCUCCUUGAAGGCCAUGUUUGCCCGGAUUCCUGCCGAAAUUGAAACCGUAAGCCGAUUUAUUGAAAAGCGACCGUCUCGAGAAUCUUCCGAGAAAAUCAACCUUCAGAGCACCAUAACCGUUUGCAGAGACAACUGCUCGCUUAAAAGAUCCAGUCAAAGCUCCAAAAGCUUGCCUUUAAAACAAAUGAAAUUGGAAUCGGUAACAAAGCAAACACCGCCCGCGGUUCAAAUCGAUAAAAAAGGUUCAGAAUUGCAUUCAGAAGCCCCCUCCGCGGAGAUUUCAGAAGAAAAACGAAUUGUGAUAGAAAUCGAGGAUCACGGACAGAAGCCCAAACAAAGAAGAUCAAUUCAAGCGCAGUUUUGUCCGGAUCUGUCGACCAGGAACCUCCAAUUCAAAUGGGACCGCAAAAAGGAGGCUCAGGCGUCUUCUCAGUCGGGAAAGUUUCGCUCAUUUCUGGCUAAAAUCGCGCCUGAAGAUAACUCGCAAGCUGAACAAGAACUGGCCCGCCAUUUCGACCAAGGCAAUUUCAAAGAGAUGCAAAUCCUGGGCCAAUUCAAUCUCGGUUUCAUCAUCACCCGCUACGCUGACGACCUUUUCAUCGUGGAUCAACACGCAUCGGACGAAAAGUAUAAUUACGAAAAGCUACAAAAGGCCAAUAUCCUCGAAUCUCAGAACAUGGUGGUCGCCCAACCACUCGCACUCUCGGCCUCAGACGAAGGUAUUCUCCUGGAUAAUCUGGACGUUUUCGAGAAGAACGGCUUCGAAUUCGAGAUCGACCUCGAAGCUACCCAUGACCGCAUCAAACUCACUCGGAUUCCGCAUUACCGCAACUGGAUCUUUGGCCAAUCCGAAGUGGAAGAACUGAUAUUCAUGCUCACAGAUGCUCCCCCGGAAAAGCGGUUAUGUCGACCCAGUCGGGUGCAGGCAAUGUUCGCUUCACGGGCUUGUCGGACCAGUGUCAUGAUCGGAACUGCAUUGAAUGCCCACGAGUUGAGACGCAUCGUGUAUCAUAUGGGUGAGAUGGAUCAACCGUGGCAUUGCCCGCACGGGCGACCCACGAUGCGGCAUCUAAUAAACUUGAACAUGAUUCAAUAAUGGGAUAGUCAGAAGCGUCUCUACUGGAUCUUUCGUUUAUUGGCUUCUCAAAAGUUGUGGCAGCUCCGGGGUCGGGGUGCUACGUAUGAUGUUAAAAAGUAGGGUUUGAGCCCCGACGUGGUACGCCCAAUCGAGAGGGAGGCCAGGCAUUAACACACUACGAGACGAAUUCUUAGAGGCUGAUGAGAGUCUUCCCUUACAACUUCACGGGGAAGGUGUUGUUCUCCAAUUGCUCGUCCCACUUCUCGAUCCAGCCAGUGGGACAGAGGAAUUUGUAGUUCCGCUCAAAGAACUGGCACGGUUUGUAGUCCUCACCGCGCAGCCGCA